AUGGCACAUAGACUCGGUGGACGUAGAAAGAACGUUAAAAAAGGUUUUCAAUUCACUUUAAUGGUGGUUGGUGCUUCUGGCACUGGUAGAACAACAUUUGUCAACACGCUUUGUAACGACCGUGUGCUUACUCGAAAGGAUAACGAUAACCCUGAAGAUGCACAUAACGAAGAAGGCAUUAAGAUCAAGCCUGUUUCUGUCGAAUUGGAUGAAGAUGGCGUUAGAAUUUCUCUGACUAUUGUCGAUACACCUGGUUUUGGUGAUAAUAUUGAUAAUGAAGCAUGCUUCCAUGAAAUUGUCGCCUACUUAGAAAAGCAAUAUGAUGAUAUUCUCGCUGAAGAAUCUAGGAUUAAACGUAACCCUCGUUUCCGUGAUAACCGUGUUCAUGCUCUUUUAUACUUUAUCUCGCCUACCGGUCAUGCUUUACGCGAAAUUGAUAUUGAGCUGAUGCGUCGAUUAAGUCCUCGUGUCAAUGUAAUUCCAGUGAUUGGUCGUGCAGACUCACUCACGCCACAAGAAUUGAAAGACUUUAAGCAGAGAAUCAUGGAAGAUAUUGAGCAUUACAAUAUUCCCAUCUACAACUUUCCUUUUGAUGUCGAGGAAGAUGAAGAAGAUACCAUUGAAGAAAAUAGUGAGCUAAGAGCUCUAUUACCUUUUGCUAUCAUCGGUAGCGAAGAAGAAAUUACGAUCAAUGGUCGUACAGUGCGCGGCCGCUCAUACCCUUGGGGUGCAGUAGAAGUCGAUAACCCAAAGCAUUCUGACUUUGGUAGAUUAAGAUCGGCUUUACUAAGUUCUCACCUGCAAGAUCUGAAGGAGAUUACUCAUGACUUCCUUUACGAAAACUAUCGUACUGAGAAGCUUAGCCGCACUGUCAAUGGAGGUGAUCAUGAAGAUGCCUCACUCAAUGCCGAGGAUAUGGCUACCCAAAGCGUACGAUUGAAGGAAGAACAAUUAAGGAAGGAAGAAGAAAAGCUUCGUGAAAUCGAAUUGAAGGUUCAACGUGAAAUUCAAGAAAAGAGAGCUGAGCUUUUGAGUAAAGAAGAGGCCUUGCGUAACUUGGAAGCUAGAUUGGCACAAGCACAACUGGCUGACUAG